AUGCCACCAGUGAUAUCCCUCCCGGCUAAAUGGCCCCCAAAGGACACCCGUACGAACCAGCGCCGCCACGGGCUCAUCUACUUUGUCUGCGGCAACCCCGGGCUCGUGCACUACUACACCGUCUUCUUGGAAUGUCUGCGCGGAAUGCUGGACGAGUUGCAGGAUGAGUCGGAGGAGGACAGACGCAGGAACAGGACGGUGUACGACAUCUACGGACGGAAUCUGCUGGGCUUCAGCGAUGAUGACCAUGAGCCGUUUGUGCGUGGGAGCAACGAGCCGUGGGAUCUGGAUGGCCAGAUUGAGGGCAUCUACAGGGACGUUGCGGCCCGGAGAAUCCCUUCUUCUCCUUCUUCUUCUCACCAACAAUCUCAAGAACCCGUCCAAGAAGACCAAGGCCAACAAGGGAGGCCAUACGACCUUGUCAUUCUCAUGGGCCACUCCGUCGGCGCAUACAUUGCCCUCGAAGUCUUCCACCGGCACACCAAGAACCCUACACACGCGCCCCAUCUCCGUCUCCGGCACGGCUUCCUGCUCUUCCCUACCCUCACGCACAUUGCUGCCUCGCCGAGCGGUCGCCGGGUCUCUCUGCUUCGCAGCAUUCCCCGUUUCGAAGACAAUGCGCAUCUGUUUGCAAAGAUCCUGCUAGCGUGUCUUCCAUACGGGGUUGUGCUGUGGGUUGUGAAGAAUCUCAUGGGUUUCACGGAGCAGACGGCGAGGAUCACGGCGGAUUGGUUGAAGAGCCAGGAUGGGGUCUGGCAGGCGAUUCAUUUGGGCUUGUCUGAGCUGCGGACGAUUUGUGAGGAGAAGUGGGAGGAGGAGCUGUGGACGGCUACGGCGGAGGAUGAGGAGGGAAAGGGGAGGCAGAUUCCCAAGUUUUUCAUAUUCUAUGGGAAGCACGAUCAUUGGGUUGCGAACCAUCUGCGGGAUGCGUUCAUUGAGCGGAGGAGGGAGAAUGUCAAGGAGGGGCAUACGAGGAUUGUUGUGGAUGAGGGAGAUCUUCCGCAUGCGUUUUGCGUCAAGGAGCGUGAACUAGAUACGAGCUUCGUGGUUGCGAAAAAGGUGUUUGAGUGGGUGAGGGAGAUUGAAAGGGGGGGGGGGGGGUUGAUGUGA